AUGGAAGUAACUAUAGAAAUGAUUGGGUUAGAUUAAGAAGAAGCAUUUACUACUAUAUUAGAUGAUAACACAGAACUUAUUAAUAUUGGAGAAAUGAUUAAAGAAGCAUCAUAUUAUUAGUAUUGAUUUCAUGCUAAAUUCUAGGUCUUUUAAUUUGAGUGAACAGUUCUGCUUAGAAGUAAAGGAUACAAAUAAAUUUAUUAGUGGAAGAUCUACAAUUAUCAAGAAGUGUCUCUAAUAAAAUUAAAUUGAUCCAAAAAUUUUAGUCUUUCAUAAAGGGCUAGAUGGAUAAAAAAAAAGUAUUGAAUCAUUUUUAUUCUAGUGAACAAAGGAGUAAUCAUUGAUUAGAAUUUCAAGAGAGAACCUUAGAUUAAUAAUUAAGCCAUCCAAAUUAAACCUUAGGUUAAUAAUUCAGCCAUCCAUAAUUAACCCUAAGCACAAUAAUAAUAGUCUUAAGUACAUUAGGAUAAUCUUAUGAUAACUAAUAAAAAUAACUAAUAAGGAUAAGGUAUAGUAAUUGGAGGAGGUUAAAUCACUGAGUCUUAGUAUAUAAGGAAUAUCGAAGAAUAGCUACAUUAAGGACGUUAAAGUAAUGAUCUCGAGGUCUAAAAUCAACUAGAAUCAUCAAAUAAUGAUUUAAACUAAGUCUAAUUUUAAUAAAUUAGCUAAGUUUCAUUAUAAUAAAGCCAGAAUAUCUAACAACAAGUAUAACAAAAUGAGGAGGCCCAUAAUUCAUAAAACACAUAAUUAAUGGAAACCAAUGUACAAAACAACAAAACGAAAUAUAAUCUCGCAAUAUGGAUGAAUUCUCAAGAAUUAGAGAAGUAUAUAGAGCUAUUUAGAACAGAUAAUAUUUAAUUUACAUUUAAUUGA